UACUUGCCCUUUUUUGGGCUUUGGGCUUCCAAGGCAGGAGGCUGGAGCCGAGUCCCUCCUUUCCCCCCUUGUCCCGGUGUCCGUCUUUUGGGAGGGUGGGGCCCGACCAGGCCGCCGCCCCCAGCGGAAUUGGGCUGCACAGGUUUCGGGGGUUGGGAGUUUGCAGGGCCUUGGGAAGCAGCGAGGAGCUCCCUGCUGGGGUCGGGGGGAAGGGAGGAUUUAAGUCGGCUUAUGGGGUGUCUUGCAUUUGUGCUGCACGUGUCUGUGCUGAGCUUGGGGAAGGUGGUUUAGGGAGCUCCAGGGAAACUGCCCCCCCCCCAUAUCACUUGGAGUGGUUGCGCCACUCUCGUUCCUCACGGACUUGCUUAGUGUUGUUGUUUUUUAAGGAAAGAAAGUUAGACGAGAAUGAAAAAUCAUCCAUAAUAUGGAAAUUGGAAACCUUCUUUCAGCUCUAAGUGUGAAAUCACAACCGUGACUCCAUAAAUUGUUGUCAAAGAAGGGUAUUGUCAUUUUCCUCAGGGGAGGCUCCACUAGUUAAGCUGGCAAGUUUUCUUCUAGCCCACCACAGUCCCCAAAGAAAGUCAGCCUAGCGAGUACAAAUCCGUUGCACUGGGAAACUCCUAUCAGGCAUAAGCUUAAAUCGUCUCAGAAGGACAAGGUCCGCCAGUUUAUGGCAUUUACCCAGGCUGGUGAAAGGACUGCUAUAUAUUGCUUAAUGCAGAAUGAGUGGAAACUAGAAGUGGCAACAGACAACUACUUCCAGAACCCAGACUUGUACUACAAAGAAUCCAUGAAAAAUUCAAUAGACAGAAAGAAAUUAGAACAAUUGUAUAACCGGUACAAAGACCCACAGGAUGAAAAUAAAAUUGGUAUUGAUGGAAUUCAGCAGUUUUGUGAUGAUUUAAGCCUGGACCCUGCCAGUAUCAGCGUCUUGGUCAUAGCAUGGAAGUUCAGGGCAGCCACUCAAUGUGAAUUCAGUAAAAAGGAAUUUGUAGAUGGCAUGACAGAGUUGGGGUGUGACACCACAGACAAGCUAAAAGCUCUAUUGCCAAGAUUGGAACAAGAGCUAAAGGAUCCGAUAAAGUUCAAAGAUUUUUAUCAAUUUACCUUUACCUUUGCUAAAAACCCUGGACAAAAAGGUUUAGAUUUAGAAAUGGCAAUUGCAUAUUGGAAUUUAGUCUUAUCGGGAAGGUUUAAAUUUUUAGAUCUUUGGAAUAAAUUUUUGUUGGAACACCAUAAAAGAUCAAUCCCAAAAGAUACUUGGAAUCUUCUGUUAGACUUUGGAAAUAUGAUUGCAGAUGAUAUGUCAAACUAUGAUGAAGAAGGAGCAUGGCCUGUUCUCAUAGAUGAUUUUGUGGAAUAUGCACGACCAGUAGUCACAGGAGUAAAGCGUAAAACCUCCUAACCACAGACACUUCCAAAUGGACUAAGUUUGCAGUCUGAACUCUAUCAGGUAAUGAAGACCUUUUCGUCAAUAACUGUGCACACCGUCACUGGUUUCAGUGGUCGUGGCAAGAUGCCACUGACAAAACUUGAAAUUGCUCCUUUCCGCCUAAAGAAAAUGAUGGCUGACUAAUGGACACAGCAAGAAGAAACUCAAGAUAGCCCAGAUUGUUCAUAGGAUAUUGGCUUCAAUUAUUGUGCUGGUUGUAUCAUAUAGGAUGUAGAUUUUGCAUGAUUUUAUACUUCGGGGAAGUUUAACUAGAGGCCAUUUUAAAGUUUUGACAGCACGGCAUGCCAUUCAGUUCAUGAUCCAAGAUGAACACCAGCAGUUACAUAAUUAAAACUGUAUUAUAUUGUACUUAUAUUAAAAGCAGUAUUUGUGGUAUAUAAAUUAAAUCCCUAAAUAAAACUUAUGUAGUAUGUUGUAUUUUUAUACAAGUCAGCUCUGUGUAAGUAUCUGCCCUAAUAUAAACUUGUAACAAAAAACUUACUGACACUUUUUUUCUUGGUGCCAGGAGUCUAGAUUUAUAUUUUUAAGCUCUCAAAAAUGUACAGACCAUGUCUGUUUUUUUCCCCUUGUAAGAUUAACUUCUUCAUCACAGUGUUCAUCUGAUGUGUGUGUGGUUAUGUUAGCUAUCAGUAGCAUUGCUGCACAAGGACUGCUCUACAUUGUUUUGACUCCAAGACUGGUUUGAAUAGGAUUAUUUACAGUGUUGAUUAGUCAUUUUUACUUUUUUUAAAUAGACCCUUAAACAACCAAAGACACAUUUUUAUAAUUAAUUGAUAGGUAAACAUAAUUCAAUUUUUCUUCAACUUUACAUUUUCCAUUUACUUCUUUGUAAAUAAUGAAUUUGUGAGAUUUGAGGAUUUUAGUAGCCUUCAAUUUACCGUAAAAUAGCUAGGUUCCAUUUAAAUGAAGUAUUCUGUGCAUGCAGUUCCUGAUAUGAUCUCAACCCCAAAAAGGAAGGGGGAAAAUAAAGAAACAUUGUCUAUACUGUGGUUAUAUCUCUUAACUCCCCUUCUUGAAAACCUUUGGCAGGGGGUUGAUUUUUUUCUCUGCGUUAUGAAGCCUCUUGCUUCUUGUUGUUCUAAAUAUUUUAUAAAACAGGUAAUAGUUCUUCUUUGAAUAGGGUCCCUAUGGGUGCUCCACUUCAGGUGCAAAUGCACCUUAAAUCCUUGAUUGGAGAUUUUCCCUUAGCUGUGUUCAUUUGGCACACACAAGUAUCCUAUCCAUCUUUAACCUCACACCAAGGCUAUAUAGAGUUGUGCAGGCGAACGACCCUCAGCUGGUUUUCAGUUCCACCUGGGCCUGAGAUAGACCACUACUGUGUCUGCCUGAAGCAUGCCUCAGCUAACUUCUUGUUUAUAGUUUAGUGUUAGCAUUAAAUAGUUGUUAGUAGAUAAGUAGCAUGAGGAUUAACUUUGUGCCUCUCCCUCCCUCUGGGAAGCCUUUCUCUCCUGGCGUACCUAGCUCUACAGGAUUCAAACAUCUCCCAGUCAGCUGCAGCCACUCUUAAGUCCACCGCUUGGGAGAGUCGCAUGUCUCCCAGAAGUGUGACUUCUGCCUGGCCCUUAAAUCCAGGGCAAGGAAGAACCAGUUGAGGCUGGUGCUGAUGGAGCACUCCCUUUGACCUGCUUUAGAGAGUCAUGUCAGGAUAUCCCUGCUUUGGAAAUCUAUCUCCGGACAGAUCCAGUGCCCCUUGGACCUCGGCAGAGAUCUCCCCUAGAAAGGCCAAGCACUGGCUCCCAUCAUAAGGAGACUGCUCUCAAAAGAUCUUGGUCCCCCAGUAAGUCCAUGGUAUCAGAAGCCUCAGCCUCUCGGCUCCAUACCUCAGAGGUGAAAGACUCCUUCAGUACCAGUGAGUCCAAAGAGUCCCAGAGUUCUAAGGAGAAACACAGCUCUGACAGAGCCCUGGUACUGACUACAUGGGACAAGGAGGACAAGGAUAAGCGCUUCUCCAGCCCAUUACCAUUGAGCAUGGCUUUCUCGUUGGCACCUCCCCAGUUGGGACCCUCAGUAUCACACAACCGAAGUUUGUAACACCACCAGUCCCUACUUUGGUCUGCUUUGAUUGCCAAGCACACUGCCAUGGCGGUACCGAUCACUUGAUACCACAGGAAUUUAGAUACUCAAAGGACUUAUCAAUGGCUGAAGGACCAGAAUCUCCACUGCUCAUGGGUACUAAAUGCUUCUUGGUAUCAAGAUCCCAGUCUCUGGACUACCAUCGCUCUCUGGUACUGCUGGAUUCUCCACCCUUUUCCACUUGUGCGCCCCCACUGGAGGAUACUCAAGGAGGAGGAAGACUUUCUUCAGUCUCAUCCAGGGUUCUAUUGCACAUCCGUAUAGAAAUCAGUUCUUUGACUCCCAUAGGGAAGAUCCUCAUGCUUGACACCAAGGAUUGUGGGACCAAUCCUGGAUGGCACUUUCUCUCCCAUUUGGUUCCCCCCUAUGGCCAUACUGGGAUCCCUGGGAUGAGUACUGAUAGCAACUUGCCAGAUAACCAUCUCUGACACAUUGGAAUGUUAGAGAUGUUCAAUCCUCUACUCCCCAACCAGGUCCCCAACACAAAGAAACGGUUGAAGAACAGGAGGCUAGGGCAGAUGAAGAAGCCAACCCUCACGCCUAUCUCUUUAUCAUCUUCAGAUGUGAUAGUCAUACCUCCACCACCAUCCAUGGUUGAUAAUUUCCUGCCAUUUCAGGACCUUAUAAAAUGAGUAGCCAGUACUCUUCAAAUACCACUCAAAGAGGUCAAGGAUUUUCAACAUAAAUUGCUUGACAUUUUGCAAUCUGCAACACUCACUAGAGUUGCACUACCCAUUAAUGAGGUAUUCCUGGACCCAGCAAAGACAAUUUGGCAAAUAUCUGCUAACAUUCCACCAAAUUGCAAACGAGUGGUUAUCAGGAUUUUGAAUUUUUAUUCUCCCAUCCUCCACCUAAUUCUCUGGUGGUGGAUGUGGUGAAUGAGUUGGGUAAGCAACACUACUUAGUCUACCCCAUAUGACAAGGGCAAAAGCUUUUAGACCUCUUUGGAUGGAAGUCCUAUUCUUCCUCAACUCUGCAGUUUCAGAUCGCAAACUAUCAGGUGGUCAUGGACAAAUAAUUUCACAAACCGUAAUAAAUUUACAGUCUUUUUAUUGAUUUUCUACAGGAAGAGAGGGAACAAUUUCAUGCCAUCAUUGCAGAGGGUCAAUUAUUAGCUAGAACUUCUCCUCAAGCAUUCUUGGAUGCCACAUACACCAAUGCCAGCUCCAUCUCUGUGGUGGUAGUUAUGCGCAGGGCAUCAUGACUCCAACUCUCAGAGUUUCUGAGAGAGGUUCAGAACACUGUUGAAUACCUCCCCUUUGAUGGUUGAAAGCUGUUUGCAGAAACCACAGACGAGUCUCUUCACACAUUGAAAGACUCUAUGGCUGUUUUAAGAUCUCUGGAUGAAUAUAUAUAGAUAUAUAUCUAUUCUGAUGAAAGAAGAUUUAGUAGGUCACAAACAGCCCAGAGAUCUUUCCCAUCUUAGUUGGAUUUCACAGAUCCACAAAACCCCCCCAGGAAGAGACAUAAGUUCCAGAGAAAAAAGGCGGCUACUCCUUCUUCCAAAAGUUCCAAGUCAUCAUUGAAACAACAAUUUUGACAAGUCGGCCAAGGGUUUGAAUCCUUCCACACUUCUGAUUCAGCACCUUGCAACACUUUGCCCAUCUUCCCCCUUGUUGAAGACUGCUUUUCCCUUUCUAGCAUGCUUGGAGGUGGAUCACUACAGACAAAUGGAUCAUAAAGGUCAUAACACCAGACUACACUGUCCAUUUUUUAUCCAUCCCUCCCUCUCACAAGCCCUUACUGAGGCAAGAAAUAGAUUGUCUCCUUCAAUUAGGAGCAAUAGAGCCAGUCCCAGCUCCUCAUAGGAGUAGGGGGUUCUAUUUGAGAUAUUUCCGUGUGCUAAAGAAGGAUAGAGGGUGGAGACCAAUUUUUGGAUCUAAGACUACUAAACAAAUUUGUAAAGUCUCAUAAGUUCAGGAUGGUGACUCUGGCAGUAAUAAUCCCUAUAUCAGAGGCAGGCAAUAGGUGUCUUUUUGGUCCAGGGCUGAAAAUCAACUUCCAUAUAGUGAUAUACCCAUUUAACAGAAAAUAUCUACGUUUUACUAUAGGCCAGGAACAUUUUCAAUACAGAAUAUUUCCCUCCGGCCUUUCCUUGAUCCGAAGGGUGUUCUCAAAGGUCCUCAUGGUAGUGGCUGUUUAUCUUCGUCAAGAAACUAUUUUAGUCCUCCCAUACCUCAACGACUGGCUGCUCAAGAGUCAGGCUUACAAAGUAGUACUGUCACUUGCUCGGACGUCAUUUUCUCUUUUCCAGGAAUUAGGUCUUCAGCUCAACGUAAGAAAAUCCACUCGGAUCCCUGUACAGAGAAUACAGUUCAUACAGUGUAUUUGAAUUCAAUGGCAGCCAUGGCAUACCUUCCCAUGGAAAGAUUCUUAACUUAUUACAUCUAAUCAGGACCAUUGAAGGGAGACUUUAAUCCUCAGAAAGAAACUUUCUACAGCUUCUGGGUUAUAUGGCAGCUUGUGCUUUCAUGACCAAUCAUGCAAGAGUACGACACUGCUGCUUCCGGGGCUGGCUCAGAACAAUCUAUUCACCAUCCAGAGACAGUUUGGACAAGCAGGUCACGGUCCCUCUUCAUGUAAAGAACUCCCUAAACUUCUGAAAAUAUCAACUCAACGUCGAUAUAGGCACUCCUGUUGUUCACCCAACUCCAACAAUAAUUGUGACAACAGAUCAAAAUUUCAGCCGUUUACCUCCCUGGAGUUCAGAACACCACAGCCGAUGACCUCAGCAAGGGCGGCAACAAAUUCCUCAGAACCACUCUGCAUCUGAUCUUGUUGCAAAAACAAUAAGUUCGGAUGGCGUAAGCCCCAAAGGGACAGACGGCCCCAUGGGCAGUCCUCCUCCUAUACCCCAGUAGAGAUUUCAAAAGGUCUCUUACCUCUUCACUAGAGCCUUGGGGUUCAAAGGGGAACGGUCCGUAGUAGUUGUCGCUGUCUCAGCCGGGCAUUGCCAUCCGAGUCACGGCACCAAAAUUGUGGAAGAAAACAAUGUCCUCACUCUGAGUUUGAAGCAACAAGUCAGAGGCAGUUUUAUUACGAGCAAUUGCAAUUGCACGGAGAGUACACACAGGCAGGGAUUCCCCUCCCUAGGCAGGCCUCCAUUAGAUAAACAACUAGGGCAAGCAUUUAUACCUUUUGUUACAGACCAUAAUGAUCAACAACCGCAUCUUGUUUAUACAUAUUCCUUCUGAUAUCUUACUUUUCUCAGCAAUUCCUGCUAUAGUCUGUAUUCCAUUCUUAUUUAACACAAGGUUGAAAAACAGUAUCUCUUACAGUUUUUUGUUCCACUCGCUUUCCACUUACCCAGGCUCUGCCUGAAAUCUCACGUUAUUAGAGCUAGUGUUAGCCUGACUCUUACUUUAUUCCUAGAAGUCAAGAUAUCUGCAUUCAAAUUCCCUUUUUUCUUUUCUCUACUUCCACAACCGUAUAUUCUAGAAUUGGGAACUACCAGGUGUGGACCUCUUGGCUGCCACCAGGAACAAGAAAUAUUUUAGUCUGUUUUUCUCAAGAGGGGGUCUAAGCUACCAGUCUCUGUAAGACACCUUUCUCCUAUUUUGCACGAAGGGUCUAUUCUAUGCAUUUCCUUCAACACUGCAAAUACAGAGACUAAUGAACAGGAUCAGACAUGACCAGGUCCACGUUAUCCUUAUAGUACCAACGAGGCCGAGACAAACUUGGUAACCUUACCUGCGUCAGCUGUGCAUCCACACAGCAACCAAACUUCUUAUCAUUCCUCAUCUCCUCUCCCCAGACAAGGGUCAUUUACUUCAUCCCAACCUAAGGAUCCUCCAAACAUGGUUCCGUAAUCGUUCAUAUGAUUAGAAUCUACGUGUUUUGUGGAACUACAAUAAAUGUUACUGAAUAGUAGAAGAAAGGAGUCAACCCAAAUUAUUAACCUGCAGAAGUGGAAUAGUCAACCAUUGGUGUCGGUGCCACUGACUCGUGUCUGAAUCCUUGUUGCUUUCAGCUAUUCUGGACUACCUGUUGGACUUAAAGAAAUCAAACUUAUCAGUUAGCUCCAUUUAAGGUUCAUUUGGCUGCAAUAUCAGCUUUUCAUCCUCCAGUAGAAGGAUUUUCUGUAUUUGCUUACCCUGUGUCUUUAGAUUUAUUAAGGUUUUGGGGAAAUUCUUUCCCAAGUUAGGGACCCCACUCCAACUGGGAACUUCAACUUUGUACUUAAAUGUCUUUCAAGCCCUCCAUUCGAACCAAGGACAACCUGCUCUUUGCUUCACUUAUCCAUGGAGGACUGCCUGUUUAGUAGCUAUCAUGUUGGCCCGAAUGGUCAGAGAAAUUGGGGCCUUGAUGGCAGACCCUCCCUCACGCUUUAUGGAGUUAUUCAAGGACAAUGUCUCUUUACACCACACCCUAAAUUCUUACCUAAGGUACUAUCAGAUUUUCAUCUUAACCAGUCCAGUUAUCUUCUGGCUUUUUCUAAAACCAUAUAAGUCACAACAGAAGACUUCUUUUCAUACCUUAGUGAUUAGGAGGCCAAUGCCCUUCUAUCUAGAUAGGACCAAUCAAUUUCAGAAGUCACCUAGACAGUUUGUUUCCAUUGCAGACAAAUCCAAGGGGUCCAUGACUUCUGCCAAGAGAUUGUCGAGGUGGAUCUCUGGGUGUAUUAUCGCUUGUUAUGGUGCAGCUGGUGCUCAAACCCUCCCUCCCCAAAGGUGACAGCACAUUCUACCAGAUCCCAACGUCCAGGGCAUUACUCAAAAACAUUCCAGUGUCUUCAGUACAUACAUUUAAUACAUACAACGCUAAGCCUUGUUCCAUGCCUCCAGUUCAGAUGCAGCACUUGGUAAUGCAGUCCUGUCUUCAGUUCUGGACUCAAUUAUGAAGCUCCCUGCUCCAGGUGACUCCCAAGUAGUAUCUCCACAGGAAGUGCAGUACCCAUAGGGACACUACUCGAAGAAGAAGUUACUCAUCCUGUGCAGUAACUGUGGUUCUUUGAGAUGUGUGUUGCUGUGUGUGCUCCACUACCUGCCCUCCUUCCCCUCUGCUUUGGACUGUUCUCUGUGGAACAUUUGGAUGGAGAAGGAACUGAGGGAGGUUCAUUCACACAGCCUUACAUCGCCUCAGUGCGAGGUGCAAGGAUACACAAGACACAUUCAUAGGCCAAACAGAGACCCUGCUAAUGGAAAAUGUCUGAUCCAGGGCUCGAGAGGAGCAUGAGCACCUGAAAUGGAGCACCCAUCGGGAUGCAUGUCUCAAAGAACCAUAGUUACUCCACAGGGUGACUAACCUCUUCUUAUGGUGUAAGUGCAUGCAAUACCAUUGACUUCAGUGGAGUUGUAUCUGUUUAUACCAAGUCUCAGUUUCGUCAAUCAUCUCUGUUUUCCCAUGAUCUGUACCUUUCCGCAGGUGACUGCUGUGGGUUAGCACAAGGGAUUAAUCUUAUCUUUCUCUAGUGUCUUCCCUAUCCAUAAGCACAAAAAGUGCAUAUGAGAGAGAGGUUUCAUUGGAAAGAUUCAACAUAUUAUGUUAACAUACAGGGCUCUUGUAAACACUACCUCAUCCUGCUGAGUAUGUCGUCAUCAAUGUAAAAGUUUUUGUUAAAGCAAAGAGCUGUUAAUUACUUACAACUAUGAUUGAUCUUUCCUUUAGUCAGAGCUGCAUUGGCACAAGACCUUUAAAGGCAUUAGCUAAUCUUCUGAGCUAAGUAAUUUAUUGAUUGAUUAAUAUUUAAAUCAUAUUAUAUAUCAAUAAUGUAAACAUUUCAUAGCCUGUUGUACCAUUUUGCUUCAUCAGUCAUGAAGAUCAGCAAGACUCAUCAUAUUUAAAAAAAAAAAACUCAACAUUUUGACUUUUUAAUAAGUACUUGACUUCUAAUAUGUGAAGACAACCUCCAAUAAUAAAGCAUCUCUCCAUAAAUAUCAUGUUGACAAGGGAAAUAUUACCUCCAUUCUUUCUUCCACUUGUAUGAAUUUAAAUUGUGUAUGCUGUUAAAAAGUGGGGAUGGGAAUCCGUAUUUGUCUGAAUCCUGAAAUUUUCUGUAACGAGUUCCAUAGCAGACAUGUUCUAAAUAAACCAUUGGCAAUUUUUUUUUUA